AUGCCUCAGCCACGCAAGCCGACAUUGGGCGAAAAGCUCGACCUGUUGCCGGCUCUCGCCUCGAUUCUGUUCGCAGCCUUUGCCGCUCUGCUCUGCGCCUUUCGGAGAGGGCCGAGCGAUGAGCCGUCGCUGCUUCUGCACGUCCUGUACGCGGGCACGCGGAAGCUGGGCUCAAGGCUGAACUCGUCACAGCUACAAUAUGUGUUUCCCGACACGGAAGAAGCUUACAGCAGACAGGCCAAGGCGCACAAGCUGGCUGUUCAAACCGUCGAGCUGCCUCACGGCGCAAAGGGCAACUGGAUCGGCGACCCGGACGCCGACUACGUGCUGAUCUGGUACCACGGCGGCGGCUUCACUCUGCCCGCGACCGAGGGACACUUGAACUUCUGGACCAAGUUCAUCCGCGAUCGCAAGGACCGGAAACCCAGCCUCGCCGUCUUCUUCCCUGCGUAUACCCUGGCCCCGGCGGCGCGGUAUCCCACGCAGCUCACCCAGGCGGUCGAGGCUCUGCGGUACCUCGUCGACACAGCAAGGCGCAGCCCGUCUCGCAUCAUCCUCGGCGGAGACUCGGCCGGCGGGAACCUGGCAGCCGGCGUCUUGUCGCAUGCCGCCCAUCCCCACGAGGCGAUGGAGCCGCUGACUCUUGCCGAGCCUCUUGCCGCCACGGUCAUGAUGGCUCCGUGGACGGCGCUCAACGAGACCCCAGUCCGUCUGGCCGGUUACCCCGGCGGGGACUGCAUCAACCCGGGCGCGUUGGCGGCCUGGACGAGGAACUACAUGGGCGAUGCCGCGCCGGAUUACUACACGGAUGCGUCCCUCGCGCCGCCCGAGUGGUUCAGGGGCCUGCCCACGAAAAAGAUUCUCGUGCUGGCGGGGCAAAACGAGUAUCUUUUACCGAGCAUCCGUCUAUUCGUGGAGAAACUCGAGGCUGGGUAUGGCCCUGUGGAGUUUCACAUCGCCGAAAAGGAGGCGCAUAUUGCGCCGUUUCUGAACCUGCUGUUUUAUUAUCGCACGCCGACCGGACAGGGCAAGAGGUUGCAGUCGUGGCUGCAGGAGACUGUGAUUUAG